CGAACUCUUGGACGUUACAGUUAUCAUCAUUACAUGUUCUUACAAUGACCAAGAAUUUGUUCGUGUCGGGUACUACGUAAAUAAUGAAUACAUCGAAGAAGAACUUCGGGAGAAUCCGCCAGAAAGAGUUGU